GAACGACAUACGAAGAUACAAGCAUCAAUCAAAGCAUCGAGACUCCCCGGAGCCUCGUAUUCCCAUCUACACUUACGUCUGUUAGUCUCCCAUGUGGAGUUCAGGCACGGUUGGCUACGAAACCGAUUGUCAAUUGCAUGUGCGCACCCCAAUCGCCCUUGAACGGCCACCCACGCCCCAACCCCUAAAUAUCUGACCCCAAACCCCGUUCAGCCAUGUUAGAUCCACGGAUCUCACUUCUCUUCGCCUAGAUACAUCAUCGAGACCCUUAUGCUCGUCAUGCAAAAUGCUCAUUCGACAUGCAACCCCACAUAUUCAUCUUGACGUCAUCACCCAAUCACCAUCCACCACUACAUGGUGACGCAGCCGCAGUCAGCAGUAACCGUAUAUAACACAACAGUAGUACAGCGUUGGAAGGGUAUCUCACUCAUCACACAUCAAUCUUUAUGCCUAAGUCAACAGGACCCCUCCAAGACCAAAUCACAGGCGCUUCGCAAGCAUCUUCUACGCCCGGCAUGACUGACAACACCACCGCUGCCGCUGACAAGCUUGGCGCAAACAAGGGCACGAAUGCCAUCCCCAACGAGAACCCCAGUAUAAUUUCCUCCGCCGGCGCUAUCGGCAAGCAAUUCAACCCUGAUGGCGCCAUCGGUUCCAUCGGCCAGGCUGUCGGCGGCCCUUUCAGCAAGGACGGUGUCAUUGGUUCGCAGUUCGACGCAAGCAAGGACGGUAUUGCGGGACAUGUUGAGCGCGCCGUUGAUGGACCAAGUAACCCUGCGGGGAGCGACAAGAAGGCAUAGAUUAUCGCCGCUUGUAUGAUCAAUGAGUAAAUGGCCAAGAGGUCGAAUAGAACGUUAAACUUUAUCCAAG